UCGACUCUUCGCACGUUCGUUGGCGGAUUGCAAUUUCGCGGCGUUCAAAUGAGUCGUGAUCGCGCGUAGAGGAACUGUUGGGUGUCGCUCGGCUGCCAUUUCGCUACAUUUUCGAAGGAAACGUGAGAAUUUGGAGGCCUCUGUCGUGUUGGGAAGUUUGGUUGCGAAGUUUUUGUGGAAUCGCGUUUUUGUGCACCGGCGGAGUACGGCAGGUGGAAAGUGAGUGACGAACGGCGUAGGGAACACGGCGCGGAGGAGCGGAAAAUGCUUGCACUCGCCAUCCGCAGGAAUCGCUUCGGAACUUGCCGUGUGACGCUUCCUCAGGAAAUUCGGUCUAGUGGUUGGGCGAGCGGAGCUGCCCCUGCAGUUCUGGUCUGAAAAUCGCGAUCGUGCCGGCGUGAUUUCUCCGCGGUUGUGCAGGGAAUUUGUGUUUGGGUGUGAAAGUGUGUUGUGUUGAGUGCGGAGGAGCAGAGAAACCGUCCGGCGUGAAAGGCCUCGCCUUGUUUACAUUUGAAACUUGUGGAUUACGCCGCCGUGAGCCAGCAGGAUGGAUACGAUCGAGGAGCAGUCUAAGUCAGAAGACAUGUCAGUAUCCCCGUCACCGUCGCCGAAAGAUCUCCGCAUAUGCCUGGUGGGGGACGUCGCAAACGAUACGGCGACAGUCGAAGCAGCAAAGACUUUUGGCGUUCCUGUCGUUUCAUCGGAGUCAGGACUCGAUAUAGUUUCCGAUGUGGGGUGGACAACAUAUUUCAUUAUGAACGACUUUGAAAGUCCGGCGUUCGAAACGAUACACAAAAGUGAACAUAGGGUUAUGGGACCACCUGCGUUACUGCAUGCUGCUGAAGCUGGGGAUGGAUUGAAGCAUAAUUCGAGACCUGUGUAUAAUUAUUCUAUGCGAGGAGUAAUUACAUGCUUCACUGGAAUUCGAAAAAAAGAUGAAUUGACACGAUUAGUAAAUUUAAUACAUUCUAUGGGCGGCUCUAUACGAAAGGAUAUGAAUUCAAAAGUAACUCAUCUCAUUUGUAAUACGAGCGGUGGUGAAAAGUAUCAAUAUGCAAUGACAUUUCGCUUAGCUGUAGUACGUUCCGCUUGGGUGUACCAGGCAUGGGAAAAUCGUGAUGUUCCUAAUUUUAUUGCAAUAAAUGAAGAGUUUACAAAAGAGCAUCGCCUUAAAGCUUUUGAAGGACAACGAAUAUGCUUCUUCGGUUUUGCCCUAGACGAACAUCAACAUAUGGUCGAUGUGUUAAAAAAUAACGGCGGUAUUCCAACAGAACUUGACGAUCCAGAAUGCUCACAUGUGAUAAUUGCUAAUACUGGUGGCCAUUUUCCCGAAAACAUUCCUUCUUCCCGCAAUGCGUCUCCUACAGUCAGUGCAGAUCAGGGUGAAGUCGAAACAAUGCAAACAACUGAAACACUUAAAAGUCACUCUGAGAAAGAAGAUUCGUCCCCGAUUAAUGAAAUUUUAUCAACAACACCAAAGAGUUCGAGGAUGUCAGGGGAUGAACUUAUGGAUGGCGUGGUAUUGACUCGAAACGAAGAGAAUGGGUUUUUGAAUCCAAAUGACCUCUCUCCAAUCUUAAGCCAAAAAUUAGAAUGUUUAAAUAAUCAAACUACAGAAAUUAUCAGUCCGAUAAAUGAAGAAGACGAAGAGGAUGUAAAUGUUGAGAUGAGCGAGUUAAAGGAAUUAAAGCGCAAAAGAGAUAGUUUUGAGGAUGUAUCGUUAAUGUCGACCGAUUCAAUAGCGUUGGGCAGUGUUAGUUCUGCGAAAAAGCCGAAGCUAAUUCGUACUGGCUCUAUAACACGCAGUCUGAAACGCAGCAUGAGUUUUGUGGGAAUUCGAACUCCAAUCGCAAGUAUGUUACGUCCACGCCGAAACUCAGUGGAUCCUAAUGCUUCAAUUAACUCCAUGGCUUCCAUCGAUAGUACACUAAAUGAGUCAACUAAGAAGCCUGUAAGGGAAAAGCUUCGCGAAAUGCGAGACCGCAUUACAAGAUCAAGCAAACGAGAAAUCAAUAUCACACCGAAAACAGUGAAACUCGCUUCAUCUAAUUUAAAAUGUUUAUCAAAAAUUUGCAAACUGAAAAAUUCAGAAAGGUGCGAGACGCCAGAGAAACAGUUUUUUGAUGAAACCACCGAUCUCACUGACUUUAAAACCCCACUACUUCCCAAGUCCACCAAUCCCACAUCAUUCAUCGCACACCGACAUUCUGUUUGCGGUGUUGGCUCGGUUAGUGCAAUGACCGAUGACUUGAAAAUCAGUGUCGAAAUGCCACCAGUACGCAAAUCAUUAGCAGCCGAUUCGUCGACAGGGAAUAACACAUUAGAUCCUUGUAUCGGGAGUGCUGCCGUAUUGCAUAGAAAUGAUCCUUCUUGUAACGCAACAGCUAUGAAUGAGUGUGAUAUUUCAGUAUAUCAUAUCAAUGAGCGCAAUCCGGUUGUUGACGAGCAUUUUACCCAAGCCAAGCCAGAGCCUAAAAAUAAUAAAACUCAUAUAGUUAAGUCGGAUUGGUUUUGGUAUACUAUACAGAAUGGUUACGCCGAUGAAGCGGAUUACCUGUUUGGCGACUAUUUGGAUAGCAUUGCCAAUACACCGGGGACAGAUCGCCGUGAUUCAUUACCCAUCAGCUUUAAUAAACGAAAACGAAAACGUUUCUCGCAACGGAUACAAGCUGAAGGAACUCCUCUCGGUUCUGGAAAGCGACGUUCAUCUGUAUCAGAUGCUGGACUAUUAUCCGUUUCAGGAAGUUUUCUCGAUUGCACGGCUAGUCCCGAUAAACAUGAACCGGCUGUUAAGGUGAUACCCGAGAAUGAAGUGAUUGUCGAAGCAGCUCCAAAAAAUAAAUCGAUGCGAUAUAAUCAUUUUUCGGAUUUUUACCAUACUGAGUCGAACUAUGUUGGAAUAUUGGAUACUAUUGUAAAUCUCUUUAAAAUACCUCUAGAGGAGAAGGCUGAAACAAAUGAUGCUCUCUUAAAUAAAUCCGAAGUGAAAGCCAUUUUCAGUAAUUUUCUUCCAAUACAUGAAGUACACAGGCAUAUGUUAGAGCGGUUGAAAGAACUACAAAUCAAAUGGAGUGAAGAAUGCUUAAUAGGACAAAUCAUCUUAGACCAUAGAGAUGAUUUAAUGAAAGCUUACCCGCCAUAUGUGAAUUUCUUCGAACAGAUGAAAGAAACCCUAAUACAAUGUGAUACACAAAAUCCACGAUUUCAUGCAUUUUUGAAAAUUAACCAGGCGAAACCUGAAUGUGGCCGACAAAGUCUACAGGACCUCAUGAUUCGACCAGUUCAACGAUUGCCCAGCAUCAGUUUACUAUUGAAUGAUAUUCUGAAGCAUACAAGCAAGAACAAUCCGGAUUGCAAGAAAUUAGAGGACGCGUUGAAGUCCAUUAAGGACGUGAUGGCCCAUAUAAAUGAGGAUAAACGGAAAACAGAAUGUCAGCUGGCCAUGUUUGAUAUUUUUAACGAUAUUGAUGGAUGUCCGGCACAUCUUGUUUCUUCACAUCGUCAGUUUGUUUCUAAAUGUGAAGUUACGGAAGUGACGGAUGCGUUAAGUGGCCGUGGAAACUCGCUUAUGCUGUACUUGUUCACAGACACGAUAGAAGUAUGUAAAAAACGUUCGAAGGGCUUCAAUAGUGGCAAAUCGCCAAGUGCUACAAAGCCAUUCAAGCACAUCAAACUUAUGCCAUUAAAUACAAUAAAGCUUGUUAUUGAUAUUACGGAUAGUCCACGAGCUUUUGCAGUAACAUGUCGUCAUAAUCUUGACAACAAGGAAAAACUUUACGCUUUUAUUAUAUGUGAUGAGGAAGUGGAUAAAAUCAUCUAUUUGCGGAGUUUAUGCAAACAAAUGGCUGAAAAUGCUUGCCGAACUGAUACUGAGAAAUCACUGCUUCAGCUGUCGUCUUCGGAGGUGGGCGUGGAUACUAGUGAUGUCAAUAUCGGAACACUAUCGAAAGCAUUCAAAUUUGCAACGCAAACUAGGUUAAAGGUUACUCGAGCGUUUUCAUUCAAUAAAACGCCUUCAAAACUCAAACGAGCCGUCUCAACAAUGAUGACGUCCCCAUUUGGAAGUACAAACUCGUUGACUCCCGCAUCUCAGUUGGCUCAGAUGAAGUUAGCCAGCUGCACGAACAUAAAUGAGGUUGGUGAAGACGACAAUAACAGCGACGACUCACCGUCACAAUCGGAAGUCUUGAUUGCUCCAAUGUCUGUGCAGCCAACCAGGAAAGCGAAAAAUCCGACCAUAUCAAUGACCGCAUUAAGGCGCAUCUAGGAGAACAAAGGUCAACUUGUUUUGCUUUGUAUAUUUUAACAUACGCAUUCGGAGCCACGCAGGAAGCCAUCGACGUUUAUGCUAUGCCAAUUAAUUUAACUUGAGCUUGCGGAUAAGCGAAGAGCAGAUGACAAAAAUAAAGGGUUGAACAACUUUAGUAUUCUCUGAGGGCCUGUAAAAUAUCAAUACCUGUUAUUAAGUUUACAAAAUAUGUUUCUACAUUUAAAAUAUAUGGUAUCCUGAUGCAGCACGAUUGAAUGAAUUUUUGUAUAUGUGUAACCAUUUCAUCGAUUGCAUAUCAAACAAUUGACUUAGUUUAGGUAACUACAGCCAUGCUCUGUUUUUGGCGUUGGCUGCUUUCUUAGUCACAACCUGACUGCUUCCAACUGUUGAUUGUAGCAGUGAAACACAAACGAAAUGCAAUCGAUAAUAUUCCAUAUUUGCUUGCAGACAAGAAUUCUUCAGUUCAUUGUUGUAGUUAUUGUUUAUAAACAGCUCCUAAGUCCGUGGCUCUUCUUUGGAAAGUUUUUCUUUCCAAAUCUGCUUCUAAUUCGCAAAGUUUUAAAUGUCAAUAAAAUGUUAUUGUGAAUAUGAAAAUCUUAUGACUGCAACAAGCCGUUAUUGUACUUCAUUUUGAAUUUAUCUUUUUAUCAUUUUUAUAGAGUAAAAGCGUCCAUAGAAAGGUAAAUUCAAAAUUGUCCAACUUACUGACUUUUAAUAGUAGCGAAGCGUAAAGUUGCUUCUUAUUGAAAGUGCGGUAAACAUUAUCCGAUUCAGAGCGCUAUCAAAUUAAGUCCAAAGUCAAAAUGUUUUGAUGGGUUUCGCCCGCCUGAGUAGGCACAAUUCAUUGAAAUGAACUCUCGCAUGCAUCACUACUUUAGGGUUUCAAUAAUUAUGAUAUAGAUGCUCUAAGUUUGUAAGCAACAUGUUAGAUAAGUUAAAUGUAGAUCAUAUGUGUAUAUAGUUUUUAGAUUAAUCAGAUACUACGUACUUUUAUUAUAUUAUUUGUAAUAAAUACGCAUUUGUUCGGA